CUGAUCACCCCAUCUUUGGGGAGGCUCACAAGGGAAGGCACUGGUAGAUAUGAAGGAGGUGGACCUCCUUCUGGCCCCUCUAGCCUCUUCCCUGGGAGGUGAAGAACCGCUUGACCUCCUUCUUGUCCCAGGUCUCUGGCCCACCCCAGGGACCCUAGACCACUGAAAGACAGACACAGCUGGGAGCAGGGAGUCCACUUACUCAAACAUUUACUGAGAACCUCCAAAGUACCAGGCUCACACCGGGCCCAGCUCUCUAAGAAGGCAGGUAGAUGUUAAUCAGACUUUCGCAAACUCAGUGAGACCACUGAGGGGCAGCUUGGCCUGGGAGCUGACCUGAGCUCGCAUUCAGGUGGUUAUGAGGAGCCCUGGGGGGACAGUUGUGACCUCCGCUGCUGACUGCCUGCAUGAUCCUGGGGCUGGGUCUCCAUGUCCUGUUUUAUGCAGUGAAAACUACAGUGCUUGCCUGCUGGGGUGGAUGUGCCCACCGUGAGGCAUCUUCAAUAAGCGAGUGAGAGAGCAUUAACAAGAGAGGGAUUUGAACAGCUGGCACAAAGGCCCUGUAGUGGGUGGGGGAAGCACAUCCUUUGCACCAAAGGCCAGCCAGGCUGGGAAAGAGAACCAGGGCCAUGAGGUAGACACCAGGUGGCAGAGGUGGUCUAGCUGGGGUCUGCACUCAGCCCUGACAGAUUCAGCAGGGGAGCAAGGGGACCACUGGAGACAAGGGGAAGAGGCCUGGGGCCAGAGGGUAGCUGCAUCAUCUGAGAGAGAGGCAGGGCCCGGGCUGGGUGGUGUGGAAGGGAGGCCGCAGCAGCUUCGAGGUUGCCUUCCUCCUGGGGUCUGCAGGAGACAGAGCCCCCCAGGGAGAACCACCACCCCAGGGAGACCUGCAGGUGGUAACAGGAGCUAAGCCUUCCUCCUGAGGGGCAGAGUGUGGGGCUGGCUAGGAGACAGAGGUUCUGGGGCCAGGACAAAACAGGAUCCUUCUCCUUGAGAAAAGGUGGAGUUGGGCAAGGGUGCUGGCUGCUGGGCUCACUGACUGGGCUGGGACUGUCCCAUUCCCCUUUGCUGCCUGCCACCUGCCCAGGGGCCAUGAACAAGAGUGAGCCGGGCCUCCCAUGGGCAUCUGGGAAGGGGGCCAUGGAGCUAGCUUGCUCACAGACCAAUGGCUCCUUCUGCUCCAAGAAGGUGCUGUGCAGCAGCACAGUCGCCAUGGCAGCAGAGGGAAAGACAGCUUUGACAUCAGGAGCAUGGCAUCCCCCCCAGCAGUUUCCAGUUGGGGUACCACUUGCCCCGUGUUCUCAUUUCACUACCUGGUGGUUGUGGGGAGCAGCGUCACUUUGGGAACACCACUCUCCCUCACUUCCACAGCCUUCCUGAGGGUUUGCUGACCAGCUCUUAGGGCUGACAAUAGAGUGUAGACGCAGGCUGCACUUGAGUGAGUGAGGCCUCCAGAAACCCUGCUGUGGGUCCUGUCCUGUGAGCAGCAACCCACCCAGGCAUGUGGGCUGAGCCCCUCAGAGCAGAGGCCAACAGCUCCAGCGUCUUUGCCAGCGCUAUGACCUGCUUGCACUGUGGCUUGUCUCACCUGCACUGUCCCUGUGGGUAUGGGGGUCCUCCGGUCCUGAGGACCCAGUGAAUAUGGGGGUGCUGGGAUUCUGGAGGAUGGACGUGAGGACCAGUGGACAUAUGGGAGCCUGGGGUUCUGGGAGAUGACCAUGGAGACCCAGUGGAUAUGGGAGGCCUGGGGUUCUGGGGGGUGGCUGUGAGGAUAAAUGGAUACAGGGAGCCUGGGGUUCUGGGAAGUGACUGUGGGGCCUCAGUGAAUUAGGCAUUGCCCCCCAACAUCCUUGGUCCUCAGCGAAGCCCCAGGAGAUGGUGUGGGUGGGGGACAGGCACUUCCUCUCACCCUCCAAGGGCACAACGGGGUCCCAGCCCUGGACGGGUGAGGCAGGUGCAGGGUGUGGCAGGACACGCUCUCCCUCAUGAUUCCCAAAAGCUCCCAUGGAUAAGCACUGGACCCUGUGCCGGGCACGGCCUUUUACACCCAUCCUCCAUGAUGUCCCCCAGGCCACCCCUGCUCCUACCGUUACCUCAGGGAGUGACCUCUCCCUCCUGUCCACCAGGGCUCUCUCUGUUCUGGUCAUCAGUAUAGUGGUGCUGAUUAGUUUUGGGUUAAUUCAUUAAUCGCCGCCUUACUGCUCCUGGUUUCUGCUGCUUGAAGUCAGGGAGGAUGGUUCUUACUUAACUGCUUAAUGUGGCGGGUGGUCUAUGAUUGUUAAACACUCUGUGGGAACAAGCUGAGUGAGGGAGCUAAUGGAUGAAUGAGUGAAUGAAUGAAUGAGUGAGCGAAUGAAUAAGGGAGUAAAUGAGUGUAUGAGUGAAUGAAUGAGGAGUGAACCUCUUGCCCCCUGGCCCCAUGCUCCCCCUGCCCGCAGGCCGGCCAUGUCGGCCCUACUGGACCUCAAGAGCAGUGUGCUCAGGCAGGUACAGGUGUGCCCCUCCUUCUGGUGCAGGACCGACGUGGAGGCGGGCAGCUCGGGCACGGAUGUCCUGGCGCCCUCCCAGGAAGCCUGGAAGCCGGGGGACGGCGUGGAGGUCUUCGUGCUGAAGAAAGGCGAGGGCCGUCAGCGCCUGCUGCGCUCUGAGGUCCUCCUACGUAGCAGAUCUCUGGCUCCCGCCGAACCAGUGGAACCCAACCGCGGCCUGAGGCCCCUGAGCCCGGAAGAGGUGGAGAUGCUCUACCAGGAGGCCUUGUACACAGUCCUCCACUGCCCGGGGACCAUGUGCCCUGACCAGGUGGACGAUCAGGAUGCCCUAUUGGCCUACCUCAGCCAGGUGUUCAGCACCAGCCCCGAGGAGCACGCAGAGGACGUGGGGCGAGGGAGGGAGGCAAAGGCCCCUACCUAAGCCCUCAAAGUCUCCAUCAUGUGCACCAAAAACCUGCUGGCCAAGGACCCCAAAGGCUUCAGCGACCCCUACUGCAUGCUGGGCAUCCUCCUGGCCUCGGGUACCUCAUGGGAGCCCGAGAAGGAACAGCGCUUCGAUUUCCGCAAAGGCAGUGGCACACAGGCUGCGAGGGAUCUGCUGCCGGCCAAGUGCGUCCAGGUCACCAAAGUCAAGAGUAGCACCCUAAGCCCCGUUUGGAAGAAACACAUCCUCUUUGAGAUUGAGGAUGUCAGCUCAGACCAGCUGUAUCUGGACAUCUGGUAUGGGCCUUGAACGACUGGGGAGUUGUCCCUGGUGGACACCUGCAGAAAGCUGAAUGAGGUCAUGGGCCUGAAGGGCAUGGGCAGGUAUUUUAAACAGAUUGUCAAGUCAGCCCUGGCGAACGGGACAGCAUGCCCCACUGAGGACCACACUGAUGACUUCCUGGGGUGCCUUAACAUACCCAUCCGUGAGGUGCCUGUGGUUGGUGAGGACCGCUGGUUCAAGCUGGAGCCUCACUCCAGCGAGUACCACCUGGUCCUCAAACUGAUCACCAUGCAGAGAGAUACAAGCAUGAGCCAGUGAGGCCGCUUCGGCUUCUGGCCCUACCUGCUUCUGCUCAACAGCCUGUUACAGUUUGAGGACCACACCAAGGAGCCUGUCUCGAGCAGCUGGCGUGGUGAGCUCAGCAGGCCAGCAGCCACCAUCCUGUCUCUACAUGCCACCCAGAGUAACCUGUCACCCCUGCAGCUGGCAGUGCUGCACUGACAGGUCAGCAGCCGGCUCCAUCAGACCCAUACCGUGGACUAUAGCUACCUGCUGGGGCUGCUGGAGGACAGGCAGUUGCACUGGCCAGGUGGUGUGUCUUUAGCUCUACAAGGCCCCACCCCCCAGGAGGAGGGCCUGGCCAACAGCUUCUUCUUCUCUGAGUUCGGGCUGAAGCUGCUGCACCAGCUUCGAGACUACUUCCCUGCCACCAACAGCACUGCCAUCUACCACCUGGAGCUGCUGCUCAAGUGUCUCAGCAAGCUCCAGCUCUUCCAGCCUUCCUUUGAGAUCUGUCCCUUUGAGACUGAGCUGAACAUGGAUGUCACCGUGGCCCUGAAGAGAGGCUACCGUGAGUGGUACGACAAGCUCCUGAACGCAAAGAGCCCUCGCAAGCAGCCCAUGCUGCAGCGCCUCAUGGGGCUCAUCGAGCUAGCCGAUGCCGUCUACGAGGACCUGCAGGCCUGCUAUGGCAUCUACACCAGCCUCUUUCACAGCACCCUGAAGGUCGGCUUCUUCACUCUCACCUUCCGGCAGCUGGAGUGUCUGGUGGCUGAGGAGACGUGGGUGCUGAUGGAGGAGCUGAGCCCCAGGAUGACCCUGGAGGUGGCCUCCGGGCUCUUUGAGCUCUACCUGACCCUGGCAGACAUACAGCGUUUCUGGAGCAGCAUACCUGGUGGGGACGGCUGCCCACUGGCCCUGACGGGCAUCAAUGUGCCCUUCCUUCCUGCCAUGAAGCUCUCUGCUGCGGGACUGUGCUUCAGCCACAUCCAGGAGCUCUGGGUGCACCUGGCAUGGCCGGACCCUGCCCAGGCCCAGGGGCUGGGCACACAGCUUGACCAGGACAUGUGUGAGGCCGCCCUGUUCUACAUGAAGCUGCUGCGCAAGAAGGUGGACACACAGCCCGGGGCCACGGGAGAGGCCAUGAGCGAACCAGUGAGUGGGCAGGAGCAGAGGCCUCAACUGGCGGGGCCUCCAUGCCCCUGGCCCAUUCUCUGUACCUUCCCCCAGCUCUGCGUGGUCCUCAACGACAUGGAGCUGGUGCACAAGGCAGCGGAACAGGCGCUGAGGGGCUUGGCGUGGCCGGAGGGCGCCGGAGGGCCUGAGGGGGGCCUCCCACGGCCCCUACUCAGCUGCAUGCAGGUGCUGGACGGGGACCUGCAGCGUGAGGUGGGCACCGUAACAGUGCACCUGACCUCCGAGAUGGUGGGCGACAUCUGGAAAUACGUGCAGCAUGUCAGCCUGUUGCCUGACUCCAUUCAGAACGAUGAGAUGCUGCCGAGCGAGGGCGCUGUGGCCCCACUCGUUAAGUACCUGGACGAGAAGCUGGCCCUGCUGAAAGCCUCGCUGAUGAAGGAGAACUUGGACAGAGUGCUGGAAGCCCUCCGGGAGCUGCUGCUGCUGCAGGUCAUUCUGCAGGUGCUGGGUACAAACCACAACGUCUCUGCUGACUUCUACAGUUGCUUCCGGUUCUUGUUGGCGGCCCUGGUGAACUUCUUCCAUGCCAAGGGCCAGGGUCUGUCCCUAGAGCUGAGGGAUGGAAGCUACAAGAGGCUGGAGGAGGAGCUUCAUCUGCACAAAUGCUUAACCUGUGAGUGCAUUGAACAAUUCUACCUGGACAAGCUCAAGCAGAGGCCCAUGGAGAACAGGUUUGGGCGCCUGAGUGUCUGCUGCUACUAUGAGGCGGCUGAACAGCGGCUGGUGGUGGAGGUGCUGCACGCCGCUGACCUGAUCCCACUGGAUGCCAACGGCCUGAGCGACCUGUUUGUGAUCAUGAAGCUGGGCCCACCGCACCUCUUCCCACUGAUCCACAGCCAGAAGACCCAAGUCAAGGCCCGGACCCUACACCCCAUGUACGAUGAGCUCUUCCACUUCUCCGUGCUGGCAGAGGCAUGCUGCCGCUGGGCUGCCUGCAUGCUGUUCACUGUCAUGGACCAUGACUGGCUGUCCACCAAUGACUUUGCAGGCGAGGCAGCCCUCGGCCUGGGUGGUGUCUGCAGUGUAGUCCAGCCCCAGGCAGGAGGGGGCGCACGCACAGGGCAGCCUAUCACCCUGCACCUGUGCUAGCCCAAAACCCAGGUGAGGUCUGUUCUUCAGAUGCUGGAGGGCCAUGCCAACAAGGAGGCGCAGGACUUUGUCAUGAAGCUCUGGGAGCUGGAGAAGUGCAUGGAGCCAGGGCCCAUGGUGUCUCACCCCCUGCUGCCUGGUGUGUGUGCCACAGCUUCUCUCUGCCCUGGCCAUGUUGGUCUGGCAUGUCCUGUGAACCCCCCACCCCUGAGUGAGCCCCUACACCCCUGCGAGACCCACCCCCACCUCAAUCUGGACGCAGAAAUCAUGAUGCCAACAAGCAGGGGCUGCCCUGGGGCAGGCCAUCAGGCAGGGUCUGCCCAGCCAGAGGCCGAGAGCCCCUGCCUUCCCCCAGGGCACUCCAGGCCAAGUGCGAAGAGACACACACAGGCUCCUUGACUACCAGCUUCAUUGAUGGCA